GAAUUGGCUUACUUCUAAUAGCGUUCGACUACUUCGACAUCACUGACAGGACUGCGUUCGGAAAGAGUUGAUGCGAAAAGACAGAGGACGGCGAAGUCUCGACGAGAGGCAGUGAUAGUUUACGCUAAAGCCGGCGUCGUGGUCAGAGAGGCUUCUAGACUUGCGCCCUCGCGAGUUGCGGUCACUUCCUGGAGGUUGUGUAUCGCGGCAUCCUGCUUUUCGAGCGCCCGUGUCACUGUACCUGAUACUUGUCGCGUUCCUUCUGCAGCGCGCGGCUAUGACCAACCAAGGAGACGACGCCGCCGCCAUGGCGACAGAGACGCCUACGCCAGAUCAGGGCCCUCGACCGAGCAUCGAAGACUUGCUCAACAUGGACGUCAACGACAUGACGACGGACCAACGAGCGCGAUUCGAGAUCAAGAGGGAGCACGAGUUCUACAGCUACUAUGAGCCCAUCCGCGCCCUUGCGACAACCGAGAUGGACUGGACCGACCUCAAUUCUGACGAAGCCGUCGCAAAACACCGUCCGACCGCUUCGCCCGACAAGGCCCUGACGGCUUUUUGUCAGCUGGCUGCCAUCCGCCUGAAGAUGCGUCGCGCCAUGAUCUUCUUCUUCGACACGACCCACGCCUACAUCCUUGCCGAAGCUACCCGCACUCUCUCCCUCCACGACGAUGCCGUCUUUGACGACGAAGAAGAUGGACUAUGGCUGGGCACAACGAAGAUUCCGAGAGGCUUCUCGGUCUGCGAACAUACCGUCAAUCUCCCUUCAAACGGAGGCACAAACGCCGAGGGACACGACUCGCACAUCAUCCACAUCAUCAACAACCUCACAGAAGACACUCGUUUUUGCAACCGGCCAUACGUCACUGGUGGUCCCAGAGCCAGGUUCUACGCUGGUGUCCCUAUCACAACCCCGAAAGGUCUCAAGAUUGGCGCUUUCUGCGUCUUGGACGACAAGGUCCACGAAGGUCUUGGCGAAAAAGAUGUAGGUUUCAUGAAAGAGAUGGGAGCCGCUGUCAUGAGCCAUCUGGACAUGAUCAAGGCAAAGGUCGAGCAGAGAAGAGGCACGGACAUGGUCGCUGCUCUAGGCGCCUUUACCGCCAGCGAAUCAAGUUCGCGACGAGACAUGAAGACGGAUGAUGCCCGUCCACAGCUGGAGCACGACCUCGAAGCCACCUCGUCUCUGUUGACCAUUGGAAACCUCGAUUCACCACACCCCAAAAGGCCUGCAAUGCGUAGACAAUCCUCGAGUAGCAAAUUGCGUCAUCCUUCAAACGAGCAUGAUCAAAUCACGAAUAUCAGAGAGAGGUCUCCGCGUAGACAACGUCCUUCAUGGUUUACUAAGAACAGAGCCAGAUCGGACAUGUCUGUCUAUACAGAAUCUGCCAUACUUCCAGAGUCCACUCCGGUCGAGACUGCGUCAGACAACCCCAAAGCCCAUCCCGCUGAGCAAUGCCCCAGCGAGAUUAUGCAAUCUGCCUCCACCUUGAUCCGGAAAGCUGUGGACGCUGAUGGUGUUCUAUUCUUGGACGCUGCAAUUACUGGCUUCGGUAAUCUUAUCAACAGCUCUUUCCUGGAGAACACCCCAGACGACGAUGCCGAAACCACCACCAGUGGCACGGAUGGCCACCAGACCAGCGAAGGAGAAGACGCAAAACCUCAAGGUCCAAAUGCUGACGAUCAGCCAUGUCCCGUACUCGGAGCUUCUUAUGCACCACGCAGCGGUGCCGUACCAGAUCCUGAGGGUCGUCGUGAGAUCUACUCGCAAUUGACCCCAAAGUUCCUACGAUUCGUUCUGAGACGAUUUAAGGGUGCCAAAGUAUGGAAUUUCAAUGAGAAUGGAGACGACUAUCUGGAUGAACAGGCUUCCGAAAGCCACAGCGCAUCUGAUGGAGGCCUUGAACGCUCGAGUUCGAAGGCAAGCGAUGCAUCUUGGAGGAGAAGAAAUCGCAAACGAUCGCUAAAACAUGCUCCCGGCAAACAACUAGCAGCUGCUUUCCCUGGAGUGCGCAGUCUUAUGGUGCUCGGGCUUUGGGACCCUCAACGCAAUCAAUGGCGUGCUGGAUGUGUCAUAUGGUCUUGUACACCUAUGCGCAUGUUCUCUAAUGAAGGCGAGAUGCACUACCUCACAGCAUUCUGCGAUGUCAUCAUGGCCAAGCUGGCUCGCUUGGAUGUCGACGUGUCCAACAACAUCAAGUCUGACUUCAUCUCGUCGAUUAGUCACGAGUUGAGAUCUCCGCUUCAUGGUAUCCUGGGAACAGUAGAGAUUUUGCAAGAUCAGAAUGUCGACAACGCAACUGCGGAAAUGAUUUCUCAGAUCGACACUUGUGGAAGAACCUUGCUGGAUAUUGUGGAUCAUCUGCUUGAAUUCUCUCGCAUCAACGUUCUCACCAGACACACCGGCUCAAAGAUGCGUCCAGUGUCGAGAAACGCGCCUGCAUUGUCUUCGAACAAUGGAGUUAGUGACACUGAAGCCUCAUCUCUGGACGUAGACGUCUCUCUAGAUGCUAUCACCGAAGAGGUGGUUGAAUCGGCCGUGUACUCCUUCUGCUGCUCGAAGGACCAACGCACACUCAGCGAGAGGAAUGUUACCGUGUCGAUAGACAUCGAGAAGCAUCCCCAUGUACCUUGGGACUGCAAACUCACAGUGGGUGCCUGGAAACGCGUUUGUGUAAAUCUAGUCAACAACGCUUUGAAGUACACUUCUGAAGGCUCCAUCAAUGUGUCGCUCAAGAUUCUUCCACCGACGAAGAAGCUCGGUCGACCCAUCGCUCAACUUUCUGUAAUCGACACUGGUCGCGGCAUGUCUAAAGACUUCUUGCGCACGAAACUGUUCCGCGCCUUCAGCCAGGAAGACGACAUGGCCGAAGGUACCGGUUUGGGAAUGUCAAUGGUUGCGAGAAUUGUCAAGGGCUGGAAAGGCAAGGUCGAUGUUCGGAGUAGCAAAGGUCAAGGCAGUAUUGUCAGUGUAACCAUGCCGAUGCAUGUGACACGCCGGCCCAGGAGUGCUGAUCUCGAUGGAGCUUCACUCGAUCCUACGAUCAACGGACUAGCAGGACUCGCCGUACAUGUCAUGGGCUCGCCAGAUGCAUUUGAACAAGGCCCCAUCGCCACUGGCCGCUAUCAGCAGUUGGUCACGUUCACCAAGAUGUGCUCUGGCAUGGGACUGAAUACCUCUGGACCUGCAUGGCAGUCUGCUGGCGACAAAGACUUUGCUGUAGUCGCAGAGUACGACUUGCCACGUCUUAUGGACACUCUGACAUCGCCUCGAAUCAAGCAAAGUACAGUAGAGAAGACGUCGAUAACUUCACUGCGGACGAAACCCAUCGUUGUCCUUUGCAGAGAUUACAUAUCUGCCAGGAAUCUGAAGGGCUGCCAGCUCGAACAGCUUGUUCGCGGAAGAGUGGAAUACAUUGCUCAACCAUGCGGACCUAACAGGCUUGCCACUGUCAUCAACCGUGUCCUCGAGCACUCGGGCAAUGGGGAACAAUGGACCUCCCGCCCACACAGUCCACCGACACCUAACACCCCUUACGAAUCAGUUACGCCUCGCUUUGACACAUGGCGUGAAUCGCAUACAUGGUCUGGAGCAUCAUCGCCCAACGAGACUGAGACCACACGAAGACUCACACUCCGAAGUCGUCGCACCUCCAGCGAGACCCAUACACCGUCUGUCAGCCUCGUCACCCCAAAAGGAAAGCCACAAGCAGAACAAAAGGACAACGACCCUCACGGUCUAGGUGUCGAAACAGCACAAUCCAAAAUCCCCGAUGUCGCCGACGGUGCCUUGACAGCUCCCGUUUUGGCAUCUGUCGAGCCAUCCUCACUGGAACGCAAUCAAAGCGUUGUCAGCCUACCUCCUGACUCAGAAGCUGCAAAGCCGUGUCUUCUUCUCGUCGACGACAACCCUAUCAAUCUCCAACUCCUCGUCACUUACGCCAAGAAAAACAAUCACCCCAUGCUCAAAGCCACCGAUGGCUCCCUUGCCGUCUCCGCCUACAAAUCCGCGCACUCCCCUGACUCUUCCUCUCCACCACCCGAAGUCAUCCUCAUGGACAUUUCCAUGCCCAUAAUGGACGGUUUCGAAGCGUCCCGUCAGAUUCGCGCGUUCGAAAGAGAGAAGAAAUUGAAACCGGUGGUUAUUAUCGCUCUGACUGGACUGGGGAGUUCAGAGGCUCAACAUGAGGCGUUCGUGUCUGGGAUCAACUUGUUCUUGACUAAGCCGGUUAGGCUGAAGGAGUUGACGAGGCUGCUGGGGACGAUCAAGGAUACCUUUGGCUAGAUUGGAGGAUGGUGGGAAAGUGGUGGUUUAAUGAUAAGAUGAUGAUUACGAAACAAGUGGCGUUUAGAGGACAGAACGCAAGGCCAGAACUGCUAGU